AUGAUAAGAGAAGACAAGAUUGAUACAAUAUUCCAUGGAGCAAGCAUUAGUACAAAUUCAAAUUAUCAGCAGCAACAGCAGCAACAACAACAACAACAACAACCAUCUACAUCUUGUAAUCAGGACGUUCAACCUUCAUCAAAUUUAUCAAAUAAUUAUAAUAGUUCGACCGCCUCGACGUCUUCGAAUUAUUCUAGUGGUGCUAAAUCGUCAACAUCGAUACCAAGGCCUCUACAAAAUGUGAUACCUACAUGCGUGUAUUUAAUGUCACGUAUUGCUGUACAUAUGGAAAUUGAAGGAACAGCACAGUGUCCGGCACAAGUGAUGCUAGCUGCUGCUUUGGGCUGUGAAGAAUUAGGAAUAGCAAAUAAAUUAUUAGCACAAAGUAUUUUCGGUUUAUGGAUGACGAGUGCACUUUUAGAAAUUCAAUUGAAAUCGCAUCAUCGACCUUAUGUAGUUAGAGUAGCGUGGCCACAUCUUCUAGAAAAAUUUAGUCAUGGUAAUCCAAUUGAAAAACGUUUCGAUGAACCGAUGAUAGUAUUAAAAAGGAAUGUUUUCUUUUCGAAAAAAGAUGAAGAAAAAAUUAAAGAUCAUAGGAUAAUAGAACUUUUAUAUGAAGAAGCAAAACAUAAUGUUUUAGAAGGACGAUAUAUCAUGGAACCGGUGCAUUCAAUAAUGUUAGGGGGUAUACAAGCUAGAAUUGAAUUAGGUCCUUAUAAUUCACACACGCAUACAAACAGUUAUUUUAGAGAAAAUCAAUCAAGGUUUUUACCACAACAUGUUGCCAAAAAUUCAAGUUGGUCGUGGUUCCCGCUUAGUAGAAAAAAUUCAGCUGAAGUUAAACUUUUAGAACAAUUUAAACGGGUACCACAAACGACAACAACUAGAAAAUUAAUGAGAAAAUACUUAGAAUUUUGUUGGGCGCUGCCAUUUUAUGGUGCGGCGUUUUUUCACGGCCAAGUAGAACAACCAGUUCGGGGUCUUAUGAGUUUAGUUAAUCACAAAGAUAUUUCAGUAAUAGUAGCCAUUAAUGAACGUGGUGUUUUUGUUAUAGAACCUGUAGAAUGUACGUUGCUGUUAGGAUUAAGAUAUGAAGAUUUAUCGUGGGAUUAUGCAAAACCAAGUUCUAGUGAUGAUCCUGAUUGCCAAACUUGUAUAUUUCUUCAGUUUGAUGCUGUGGAAAAUGGAAUCCCUGUAUCGAAAUUAAUGCAAAUAUUUUCGCGUCAAGCCGCAAUGAUGGAUGCCUUAAUAGCUCAUUUCGCUGAUCAAAUGAGACGAAGAAGAGAAGCAGCUGAUGGACAGCCAGGUGAACAUGUGCACGAUGAACCAAAUCCAAUUCAAAAUAAUGGUAAUGGUGUAUUAUGUAAUAAAUUAUCACGUUUAACAUUAGCAACAUUUGAUGAUGAAGGACGUUGUAUAGGACAAAUGGGAUCAUUAUCGAUAAGUUAUUAGCAGUUAAUAUAGGAUUUAAUUAUUAUGGAAAUCAGGCCGCCAAAUAAUAUGAAGAAAAAAUUAAAACAUUUGCUUGUCAAAAAUAAAUAUUAUAAUAAAUAUUUAUAUAUAUAUAAAUUAAAGAAAAAGUACAAUACAAUCAAAAAUUAUGAUGAAUCAUAAUAAUGAAAUAUAUCCAGGAAUAUAAUAUAAUUAUAUAAUUAUAAAUUAUAUAUAUAUUAUUCAGGCUUUAUGAAUAACAUUUUGAAGGAACAAAGAGCCAAUAUAAAAACAAGGAGAGAACCAAUAAUAUUAAAAUUGAAAUAUUAAUAAUUAUAUGAAUAGUAAGAAUAAUAAUUUAUAAUAAUAUUUUAUAAUUCAUAUUAUAACAGAUAAACAGUGUUUCAAAUUUAAUUGUGUACCGAGAAACAAAUAGUGUUUUGUCAAAAUUUCCAAGUAAAUAAUUGAAGUAGAAUUAUGGAUUUUAAACGAUUAAUUGCUAAUAUAAUUGGCUUGGUAAAUAUAGAAAUAACACACAAAUUCGCAAAAGAAGCGUCGCCAUAUGGCAGAAGUACAUAUUUUUAAAUGGUUUCAAUGAUUAUUAAAAUAUAAAUAUGAAAUGAUUGAACCUUGUCAUCAAAAGAAUGUAAUUUAUUCCAAGGAUAAAAUCAAGACACGCAAAUUCUCUCAAAAAAUCGUAAAAAAUUUUGAAAAUUUCAAGGACAACAGUGUGUUGUACGGAUUUAAUUAUAUAAGCUUUCAUAUAAGAAUUAAAUUCGAUUUUUUAAUAUUAAAAUUUGAUAUGAAUUCAGUAAAAUUGGAUAGGACAUCAAACAUUAUCUAUUGGAGUUUUUUAAAUUUAGUUUCCAGAAAUUUGUUUUUUCUAUAAAAUCUACAACAAAUUUCUUUAAAUUUUUCUAUAAUCAUCUGUUCAUUGACUUUAAGCGGUUAAAUUCGAAACACUGCAUCAGAAAAUUG